GGUGGGCGGGCCUGUGACGUCAGAGCGUUUAAUCCGGAAACGGCGGCGGCGGCGGCAGAGGCGACUAAACCGAGGGGCUGUCGUUGGUGGGCGCUCCCGGGAUUCGAGCGAGAGGCUCGUAACCCGGAAGCGGAAGCGGGUUCCCGUCCCAGCUUCGCUAGGCUUCCCACCAGGGGCGGGCCCGCCGCCAUGGACCUGUUGUUUGGGCGCCGAAAAACGCCGGAGGAGCUGCUGCGACAGAACCAGCGGGCCCUGAACCGCGCUAUGCGGGAGCUGGACCGUGAGCGGCAGAAGCUGGAGACCCAGGAGAAGAAAAUCAUCGCCGACAUCAAGAAGAUGGCCAAGCAGGGCCAGAUGGAUGCUGUGCGCAUCAUGGCCAAGGACCUGGUGCGCACACGGCGUUACGUGCGCAAGUUUGUGCUGAUGCGGGCCAACAUCCAGGCCGUGUCCCUCAAGAUCCAGACACUCAAGUCCAACAACUCUAUGGCGCAAGCCAUGAAGGGUGUCACCAAGGCCAUGGGCACCAUGAACAGACAGCUGAAGUUGCCCCAGAUCCAGAAGAUCAUGAUGGAGUUUGAGAGGCAGGCCGAGAUCAUGGACAUGAAGGAGGAGAUGAUGAACGAUGCCAUCGAUGAUGCCAUGGGAGACGAGGAGGAUGAAGAGGAGAGUGAUGCUGUGGUGUCCCAGGUCCUGGAUGAGCUGGGGCUGAGCCUGACAGACGAACUAUCCAAUCUCCCCUCCACCGGAGGCUCCCUCAGUGUGGCUGCCGGAGGGAAGAAAGCAGAGGCUGCGGCAUCGGCCUCUGCCCUGGUGGAUGCCGACGCAGACCUGGAGGAGCGGCUCAAGAACCUGCGGAGGGACUGACUGCCCCAGGCCCCCCAAGGGCCUGCUCACUGUACCCUUUCUGUAAUAAAAGCGAUUGGACACUA